AUGGCGGGUGAAAAGGCUGAGAAGCCAGAUACUAAGGAGAAAAAACCUGCAGCCAAGAAGGCUGAUGCUGGUGGCAAGACCCCAAAAAACUAUAACCAUCCUGAGGUUCUCCGUCACACCUUUGAGACUCUGUCUAACCUUCACAAGCUGCUUCCAAAUCGUAUGAUGGAGCUGCUCUUUUCCUACAAGAGUGCAGAAGACAAGAAAAAAUGUGAGAAUUCUGAAUUCUCUGGCUUAGAAAGGAUCUUAGAAAGACAUCAAUUUCCCGAAGAGAUUAAUCUGACCCCCAAACCAAGCAGUAUGCUCCUGUGGAGAAGAAAAGUCGACAACAAUGCAAAUCAGGGGUGGAAGAAAUGCCAUUUGUGGAAUAAAAACACAGAGGAGCCUCCAAUGUCAACCAUAGUUGUCAGUAACACUGCUCCUUCUGUUUGCUCCCCCUGCCAGAUGGCUGAAAAAGAACAUGCGACCCACUGA